CACACACACACACGCACACACACGCACACACCACGGUGAAAGCCUCUCACAUUCCCACAAGCGUACUAGCGCUUUGGAGGAAUUGGAUGAAGCUGCCUCGUCUCUUCCUGGCUCAGAGGGGGAAGAAAAUACGAUUUACAUUGCUCACAGCUUUUACUUGAAACGCAACAACUUGCUGCUGAGAUUUUUUUUUAAAGAGUUGCGUCUCUCUUCUUUUUUUGGACGUGAAAUCAAGUUUUUUUUGGACACGGAAAUCGGGAUAGCGAGAGUUUUACGCGUUAAAGUCAAGAAGGACUCCACAUCAGCGGCUUUUACAAUGAAACAAGGAAUAUUUUCCAACUGGGGGAUUACAACAUGAGCGUUUACCACUUUAAAUAGGCGGAAUGUGUUCAAGGAUUUUCCUUGAGUGGUAAUUAGGAGCGCGUUUCACCGCCUUCAUUGUCCUGAGCGCACAUUGUCUCCAUAUGGCGUAAAACGUGCUCCGCGCUUAAUAAAGUCCUCUGAAAGACACUUUGAAAGCUCGCAAACCCAGUUUGAACCCGAUCAAAGUAAUAAUGACCUUGUACCGUCUCCCUUAAGGACACUGGUUGUGAGUGAAGACUGCGCUGCUGUUUCCAAACCCUUCAUGGGAGCUGAACAGUCCCCCUGUCAUCUGAAUGUUCUCGAUCAUGGCAGUUCAGUGGAAGUAGCCCUCAAAGUGGAAGAUGUCUUCUGACUUUCCCCCAGGCUACAUCCAAAUCCCCCUACAUGCCUGAUGGCACAGCUACAGUGAAAGGUCUGCUUUUUUGCAAAGGUUCAGUAUGACUGCAGCAGCAGGUGUGCUUACAGGUUUAGCUAAGCUAAAACGCCAAGACUCCGCCCGCUCUCAGCAACGGCCCAUACCGCCUCUGUCGCCGGGCCUUGGAAACCCCGCGCCAGAGGCUGCCCCCAGGAAGCGGAAGAGACGCACAGAUGUCGUGGUAGUGCGUGGCAGGCUUCGCCUGUACUCUGCCUCUGGGUUUUUCCUCCUCUUGGGCCUGGUCAUCCUGGCCAUAGGGAUUGGCAUGGCGACACUGGGUUACUGGCCACACAGUGAAACCAUGCCUUUGGCCAAAACGCAGACCGGAGGAGGAUCUAAAACAGAAACUGAAGGAAAUGGAGCCAAGAUGGCCGACACAGAGGGCAAUGUCGUUAACUCCAGCACUAGUCAAAAUGUGCAAGAUCCACCCUCCAAGCAGACUGGGGGCAUUGUGACACGAUUCCUGGAACAACAUCGUCACUCUGAGAGGAUGAAGAUGUUCGGGCCCUUCACCAUGGGCAUUGGGAUUUUCAUAUUCAUCUGUGCUAAUGCCAUUCUUCAUGAAAACAGAGACAGAGAAACAAAGAUAAUCCAUAUGAGAGACAUGUACUCCACAGUCAUCGACAUCCAUCGCCUCAGGCAGAGAGAGCAAAAACAGCAACAUCACCGCAACAGCACCUAUGCAAGAGAAGUUGGUGAUCUUCGAACCUUUGGAGCUGAUAACGCAGCACGAUUGUCCAGCAACCCCCUCCUCUCAUUCUCCUCUCGGGCUGGAGGUGGAGGUUCUACAGAAGAGGAGGAGGUUCUGUUAGGGGACGAGGAGUUUCACAGACACAGGGAGCAGGCUAAGUUGGAUUGUAGCUUUGCGGGGCUGUUGGCGCCACUCUACAAGGAUCGUUCUUUCUGCGGACCGGGGUUUGGAUUGGCUCGCUCGGAUUCAGUUCGCCACCAGUGGUCGGUGGACGGAGAUGGGGAGAAGGGAGGACAUCAUGCACGCUCUAUUGUCUCCUCCUCUAUCUCUGCGUUUACUCUCCCGGUCAUAAAACUCAACAACUGUGUUAUUGACGAACCAGAGAUGGAGGCGAUUACUGAGGAGGAUAGAGGAGGAGGAGAGAGAAGAGACGGAGAGAGGUCACAACCUUUGAGAUCCAUGGAGUCUCUAGUGGUUCCUGUAGCAUCUGUUGCAAAGGCCUCCAAACCACCGGGCUUACACCGGAGUAACUCUGCCUCCUCCUCCUCCUCCCAAUGCUCCUCUGUCUCCUCUACAUCCCUCUCCCCUGCUCCCUCCUCUACCUCAGGCUGCUGGCUCUCCCCGGGAGCAGCAAGGACUGACUUUGGCUCCAACUCCUCUCUGCACAUGCUCAGCAGCCACUCCAAAUCCUUGGACCUAGAGCGUGGGCCAAGCAUGCUCAGCGUGCACCCGGAGCAGCGUAAGCACCCCAGCUGGCCCCGCCUUGACCGUAGCAACAGCAGCCGGAGUAACAGUGGCAACCGGGGCAGCAGUAAAGGCUACAUGCGGCUCGAGGACAGGGAAGAGCAAGGGGAGCGGCUGUUAGAUGUAUCGCCCGCCGUGGCAGCGAGGCGCGACUACAGCAAGCGGGAGAAGCUGCUAAUGAUAUCGAGGUCACAUAAUAAUCUGAGCUUUGAGCAUGACGAGUUUAACAGCAACACACUGAAGAGGGGCAGCUCCGAGACUCGAUUUUGAAGACUGUGAACUAGAGGCCGAAGACGUUUCUGUCCUGUUCUGUAAAUUGCUCUCCAGACAAUUUGGGUGUACAGCGUGUUUGUGUCAGGGGGGAAACUGAUGAGUUUAGCAGCUGCACCCUGGAGAGGAGAGGAAACUCCAAAGUUGUUUGAAGACAUUUUUUUGAGCAGCAGGAUGGAGAGUAGUUAGGUACGGACUACCAUGCGAGGUAAAGGGUUCAGGCCUCACGUCAGCAAGACACUGAAUGCCUACUGUACCAGGUCCAGUGGUGCUGUUCUGUAGUUGACCCUGACCUGUGACCUCUGUUGAGGGAGGCAAAUGAAAAGAGGAGUUCCCUAUAGGGAUUAAUAAAAAUAAAUCACAUUGCAUCAUCCAUCUACUUUCUACAAACAUAGUUCUAAUGAAGCUUUAACAGAAUCCAAAGCCUGGUGCGCUUCACGAUCAAUACUCUUUCAUUACAAAAGGUUCUGAAAAUAGCUUUUUCUAAGUUUUACAAGGUUUAAUUCAAAGACACACUGGAAGCACUUUGAACAAGUUUCUUCCUCAGCGGGUAGCAGUGACAAAUCUUUUAGAAUAACUGUGAGAAAUGAGCAUGACCAGUUUAAUGUCAUAAGAGAAGAAGACAAAAAUAGAAACAUUAAUGAUCUUUGCCUCUGUGGCACCUUUGAAAGUUAACAAAGUUAAAGUGCUUAAUAGGUUUGCACAGAGAGAUAUGAACACUAAAGUCACCAGAAUCAGCUUGUAGUUUAUAGCCUGGUGUAAACCUACAAGAACAUGUAAUGGCAUAGUGCUGUGACAAGUCUAAAAGAUAUAGAUAUUAGUGGUAAAGUGUUGGUUAUGUAUGUUUCUGUGUUUGUCUGAUCCUCAGAUUGUACCAGAUAUAGAGAUCUGCACAAAACAAAGUCAGAUAAAAACACUAUACUGUACUACAGUGUCAAUACAGUACAGCACAGAUGUGAGUUAAAAUCACAAUGUCAGGCUGCAAAAUACAAUAAUGGAGUCCAUGCUGCCCCACAGUCACAAUAUUGCUGCCCUUUGCAGAGAACUAUAAUAAGAAGCUUUGUGUGUCUGCUAUAAAAACUAGAAGUGAGAGUCUGUGUGUGUGUGUGUCUACAGCUCUGCUACAGAAUAAGUUAGAUUCUCACUAGAGAAGAUCUCCAUUUGGUUUCACUCAGGAUAUGCAGUCUGUUAUUCAUGUGCUGAUCAUUUUUGUAGACCUAUUCGCAAAUCUAUUCAGUAUCAGAGAAAAUUGUCAAAUAUUUAUUGGCAAGUGUGGCCAAAAUGUAUGUUAAAUUAGAGCUGAUCAAAUGCUGAAAAUAAUCCAAGCACAAAGAAAUGUCUCAAAACAAACAUAAAUCCAAAGUUAUUCAAUUUAUAGAGCAAACUCACAUUUGAGGUAUUUCUGCUUGAUAAAUGAAUUAAACAAUUAAAUUGAUCUAUCAGCACUGAAGAAUUUGAAG